CAGUCACGUGCUUUUUAACCUAACCUAAUAUCCUUUGUCCUCAAUAUUCAGCCUCGAAUCAAAUUAAUAACAAUGGCCGUCGCAGUUGUCUGUCAUUCUGAAGUAUACCCGGAUUAUGUGAUGGUGAGAAACGUGCGGCAAAUGGCAAUCUCUGCCGAUCGGUCAGAGUGAUUAUAACGCGAAUGAAAUCGACGUGACGUGUGCUGCUGUAAAGGAUGAUUUUCUAGUGUGUGGUUACAAUCGCGGUGUCUAGAGUGACCACACGGAUGACCAGCUGACAAUGUUUUGUCAUUAGCAUAAUUUAGUGCUUAGCUGGCGGUCGCGGUAAAUCAAGGAUGUUCAAAGCUGAGGAGCCGUCCAAAGACAGCUUCCUUCAGCAAAUGAAGGCCGCUAGGGAAGAACGAGCCCAUGAGAAAGACAGAGAGGCUGCUGUCAUUUUAAUUCAGGCUUACGUUAGGGGAUGGUUGACCCGUAAAAGAAUAUUAGAAGAAUUUGAUACUAAUUUUCUGAAUGAUGGUGGCACAGAAACAAAUAUAAAGUUGAAGCCUGCUUUGGAUGUGUAUAAGAUUAUUUUCAAAUUUUUGUAUAUAUAUAAAAAAGAAAAGGUUCAAGAAAGAAUAGAAAAAUUAUGUAGAUAUUUAGUACUGACUUUAGAUUCUGAGUCUCCAGAAAUUUCUUACGUAGGACUUGUAUUAAAUAAAGAUCGUUACAUAUCAUGGAUAUCACAGAUGAAAACAAUAUUACUUUAUUGUCUGACUGGCUUGGAUAAUCUCAAGCCAGAGAGAGUGUCUGAUCAUAAGUCCAUCCAUUUAAGAUUACAUACGUUAGUUAGCUUUACAUCACCAGGAACAUGGGCAAUUCAGAAAGUAGAAGGAAUGGAAAAACUCAAAGCUGGUAUGAAUCAGCUUUGUGCGAACAUAAUGGGCCACCUAGUCAACAAUGGGUUUUAUCCCAUUAUGCAAGCAUUUCUAGUAAAAGGAUUGGGUAGAGUGGAUAUUGUUUUAAAACCAAUUGCACUUUCAGCAGCAGUUACAUUGGCACUAAGACCAUUGAUCUCCUCCCAGAUGUCAGAUAAAUUGGUUUCAUUGUUUCUAAUUAAUAUUUUUAGCGUACCUGCAUUGGUUUAUCACUUGAAUAAUAUAUCAUCAGUAUGUAUUUCUUCUUUUAUUACAAACAAUUUGUUUGCAAGGAGUUUGGAAUUGUUGAAUUCAGAGCAAAAUUUACGAAUAGUUUUCAAUGCUCUGGAAGGUAGCUACGCAUUGUGUUUGUUAGCUAAUUUAAUACAGUUAGCUAAUAUUGAAAGAGAUGAGAUGUUAAAAGAGUUGUACUUUCCAUCUUUUACGUUUGUUGUAACAAAAAUGUUGGAGGCAUGUCAACAAUAUGUAGUUGCAAAACAAAGCAAUUUAACUCAUUGGCAUCCUAUUCUUGGUUGGCUUGCACAAAAAGUUGAUACAUCUUUGCAAGAACCUAUUCCAAAUGUGAAAUCACAAUUAGCCUGUUUAUGGACCGGAAGAAUAGUUUCACAAUUAAUUGGUCUACCUUUAACAGAACUUAUUGAAAAAGAGAUACCUUCAUCGGUAGAACAACAAAGUACAUCUGUUGGUACCAACAUUUUUAGAAGAGCAUUUUUAGAAGCACGUACAAAUAGGAAUAAUAACACCAAAAAUUAUAGAAAAUUGGGAAGUGCAGAAACUACUAGAAUAGCUUUAAUUUGUUCCCUUUAUCAAAUUGCUUUACAUACACUUACACAAAUGAAAAUGGAAAUAUUGACUGGUCUAUGUUAUCAAGAUAAAAUUUUAUACCAUAUGUAUUUAUUCUUGGGAACACUGGGUCCACAUUGUGGCUUAAAAGCAUUUUUGGACCAUUUAGCUGCUAAUACAAAAUGUACAGCACCUGAAUUUCAAAUGUUAAUAUUAUUUUCUGAUUGUAUGACACAUUAUGUUACAAUUUUAGAUGAUAUGGAAAUGUAUGAACAACAAGAUCCGUUCAAACUUAGCGACUUUGUAACAAUAUCGUACUUUUUAAAUCAAUUUUUAUACAAAGCAGUGCUUAACAACCUGUUUGAUGUUCCAGACGUGAAAUCAGUUCCUAAUAAUCCUCUCUUCACCUCUCUUCACACACUUUUAAUGGCAAUUUACCGGAGGGAUUGUCGACGGACUUUUUGUCCGGAAGGUCAUUGGUUGGCAAAGGAAGUUCGAGUGUCUGGUUUUCUGGCAGAUUUGGAGAAAGGGAGGCGAGGUGCUGCUCUUCUCCUUUCUAAAAUGCCGCAUGUUAUUCCUCAUUCGGAGCGUGUUGUGUUGUUUCGCAAACACGUUGCUAACGAAAAAGCAGUUUUGGGUUUAACCGAAAGUGCUUGCAAUAGUACGCCGACAACGCUUAUUGUUGUUCACAGAACUCGCAUAGUGGAAGAUGGAUAUCGUCAAUUGGCAAUGUUACCCUCUCAGGCACUUAAAGGCGUAAUUAGAGUUCGUUUUGUGAACGAGCAAGGUCUAGCGGAAGCUGGUAUUGACCAAGAUGGAGUCUUUAAAGAGUUUUUAGAGGAGACAAUAAAAAGAGUUUUCGAUCCAUCUCUGAAUUUAUUCAAAGUCACUAGCGAAAAUCGACUUUAUCCAUCUCCGACGUCAUCCAUGCAAGAUAAUCAUUUACAACUCUUUGAAUUUGUUGGUCGUAUGUUGGGUAAAGCGGUGUACGAAGGCAUUGUAGUAGACGUACCUUUCGCAUCGUUUUUUGUUUCUCAAUUUUCUGGGCAAACUGGAGGUGCAUUGUACAGUUGGUUGGACGAGUUGGCUUCUUUAGAUCGAGACUUAUAUCGAAGUCUUACUCUUGUGAAGCAUUAUAAAGGUGAUGUUAGACAGUUAGAAUUAACUUUCUCUCUUGAUGAAGACGUUUUAGGCAAAUUAGUUACGCACGAAUUGGUGCCCGGAGGACGAGCGGUGCCAGUCACCAAUGAAAAUAAAAUCAAUUAUAUACACCUAAUGGCCCAUUUCAGAAUGCACAUGCAAAUAAAAGAUCAAACAGCAGCUUUUAUCAAAGGAUUCCGUUCCAUAAUCAAUCCUGAAUGGUUGGCAUUGUUUUCAACUCCAGAAUUACAGAGAUUAAUUUCGGGUGAUAAUGUUCCAUUAGAUUUGCGAGAUUUGCGAAGACAUACGCAAUAUUAUGGUGGUUUUCACGAUAGUCAUCGCGUGGUAUGCUGGUUAUGGGAUAUCUUAGAAAAAGAUUUUUCUGAAGAGGAAAGAGGCUUAUUUUUGAAGUUUGUCACAAGCUGCUCAAAAUCACCAUUGUUGGGUUUCGCACAUUUAGAACCACCAUUUUCGAUUCGUUGCGUUGAAGUUGGCGACGACGAGGAUACGGGUGAUACAAUCGGUAGCGUAAUAAGGGGAUUUUUUACGAUUCGUAAGAAAGAUCCGCAGAAUCGUUUACCUACAUCGUCUACUUGUUUUAAUCUUCUUAAAUUACCGAAUUAUCAAAAGAAAAGUACCUUACGGGAAAAGUUACGUUACGCUGUCACUAGUAAUACGGGCUUCGAACUUUCAUAAUUUUCAACUGAUCUGAGGAAAUUUCAAUGCAUACCGCGUCGCUCAAAUUACCUAACGAAAAUUUCUACAUAGUGAUUGAGUGGUGCCUGACCGUCGCGAUCCAAAUUAUCUGGCGAGAUGUUUCUAAUAAUUAUAUCAUAGACCUUAAAUCAAACGAGAUGAUAAUUCGCAUAUGUAUUAUCUGUAGAAGAAAAAUUAAAAAAGUUAUUGAAGCUAUUGAAAUGAAAUCGAAGACUCGCACAAAUUUUAUGAGAUAUUAUAUGUAUAUAUAUAUAUAUAUAUGUAUAAAGCGACAAAGUUUUCACUUCUGUUAUCAUUUUGUUAUCUUGUUUUUAUAUCAAGAAGUGGUCGAACGUUUUGACUUGAGAUUAAUUUAUAGUUAUGACAAAAAGCGAGCUGUCUUUUUGCACUUUCUGAAAUUAUUUUAUGCCUUAUUUUGUACGCAGUCUACCGUGUGUUGGACUCACAUCUUGUUUUUAUAGCACAUAUUCAAGCUUCGAAGUUUUGUUCAAUAAAACUUCUCGCCAAAUGGUAGAUUACUUAUGGUGUAAAUCAUAUUAUACCUCAUGAGCUUAAUACCGCUAAUACUGUGCGCUUGUUAGUUUAUAGUGUUGUGAAUUAAUGUUAGUGUAAAACGGUAAAGUGCAUGAGGUGAGUGUUGAAGUCCGAGCCCAUCGGUGCCCGGUGAAUAAUCAAAGAAAGAGAGGGAGAGGGAGAGAGAGAGAGAGAGAGAGAAAGAGAGAAUGAGAAAAAAGAUAAAAAGAAAAUAAGAAAAAAAAAGAAGAAGGGAUCCGUAAAUUUCUAAAAUUUUCAAGUUAUUUGAAAGUCAAGGUUCCAUUUUGAGGAAAGCUAUUUUCGCAAGAUUUUGUACAAAUUUUUGACACGAUGUAUAAAAAAAUUUAUAUGAUCCGUUUGGAAAUAUAUACGUGUAUAUACGGGCGCUCAUGGGUUGAAAAUCCAUAAUCGUUCGAAUGUUUAAGAUCGGUUUAUUCAGAUCGAACGAAAUUGUGAUGUUUGUUCUCCUAUUUGAGCGUUUCGAGUUGAAUUUCUCGUAAGUGUAGUUUGUCCGUGGUCUUCGACGAGCCCGAACGAAUGUGCGAAAGUGGAAAACGAGGGAGCAUCAGAACUGUGUUAUUCGUGGAUGUAGCGAGGAGUACGAUAUUACAGCGAAAUUUAUUUUUCUCGUAAUUCACGCGUAAUUUCAGCGAACGACUCGUGAUAUUGUCGAUGGAAAUUCGGUCAGACCAAAGAUAGAAGCCUAUUUAGUAUGAAGAAGGUAAUUCGAGAUGCUAUCCUUUCAUAUUUUCCUAUACAAUCAUACGUAAGUUUUCAGGCUUGUAUUCACUGAUUGUACUCACUCUGCGAAAGAGGAAUAAAGAGCAAAACGUUUUUUUAAAGUGAUAGAUCGAAAUGUUUACAAAUGAAAUAGAUUUAAUCGAGCACCAAAUAGUUUAUAUUAACUGUUAAUAGUUUUUAUAACGUGAUUAAUUAUUUUGAUUAUGUAUAGAGACAAGAAAACGUGGAACAUAAUAACUAUAUAUUACUUUCCAUUGGAAUCGACAAAACAGUUUGUUAUUCUCUUGUGAUGUUAAUUGUGAAUACAUGCCUUGCAAAAUACAUGUACAAUUAAACAAAGUAAUAGAUAAUACUCUUCUUUAUGGGUAUAUUUAUCGUUGGAGCGAUAUGAUGAAUAUGGAUAUCGAUACAAACGUGGAGUAAAAAAAUAUGAAAUAAAAUUGUUACGGUUGUAAGGUAAAACCGGUGACUUCUUUUUCGAUAUCUGUUCGUGUUAGCACGGAUCAUUUUUCUAUUUUAAACGUUACGCGAACAGACGUGCUAUGUAUAAAUACGAUACAAACGAGUUUUCCUUACAAUCGUAUCAAUAGCAGAAAACGCGCUUUGUAUAAUAUCGCUUGCUCGAGUUACUUCUGUAACAUUUUUUAUAAAAGUGUGUACACGUUGCGACGCAGUUGGGAGAAUAACGGUGAAUUUGUUAAUUUAAUACAUUCGAUAAUGAUUCACAAAGGUAAUGUAAAUAUACACACUGAAUUAUA